GCAGCCCAGCGCCGACGACCCGGCCGGCGGCGGGGGGCGGGCGAGUGAGCGGCCGAAACCCCGACCGACCCACCGGCCGACGGACAGACCGACCGACCGACCGACAGACCGACGGGGCGGGUGGUUGUUUGUGAGGAGGCCGCGGGGGGCGGGCGGUGCAGCCCCGGCCUGCGGCGCGCAGAGAGACCGGCCUGAGGCGGCGGCCCAAGCGCUGAGGAAGGAGACCGGGAUCCCGGACGGCUCUGAGGAGAGAAGGGACCCUGGACGACUAAAGAAGACCCGAAAAUGACUGUCGAUAUUCAACCAGCAUGCCUUGGACUUUACUGUGGGAAGACGCUCAAAUAUAAAAAUGAUUCGAUGGAAAUAUAUGGAGAUUGUGGGGUAUGCCCAAGAGGGCAGAGGACGAACGUCCAGAAAUACUGCCAGCCUUGUAUGGAGUCCCCCGAACUCUAUGACUGGCUCUAUCUUGGCUUUAUGGCUAUGCUUCCUCUUGUUCUGCACUGGUUCUUCAUCGAAUGGUACUCGGGAAAAAAGAGCUCCAGCGCCCUGUUCCAGCACGUGACCGCGCUGUUGGAGUGCGGCGCGGCCGCCCUCGUGACCCUGCUGGUCAGCGACCCCGUGGGCGUCCUCCACAUCCGCUCCUGCCGCGUGCUGAUGCUCUCCGACUGGUACACGAUGCUCUACAACCCCAGCCCCGACUACGUCACCACCGUGCACUGCACCCACGAGGCCGUGUACCCGCUAUAUACCAUCGUGUUCAUCUACUACGCCUUCUGCUUGGUGUUGAUGAUGUUGCUCCGCCCGCUGCUGGUGAAGAAGAUCGCCUGCGGCCUGGGGAAGUCCGAUCGGUUUAAAAGCAUUUACGCGGCCCUCUACUUCUUCCCCAUCCUGACGGUGCUUCAGGCGGUGGGAGGCGGCCUGCUCUAUUAUGCCUUUCCGUACAUCGUUUUGGUGCUGUCUUUGGUUACCUUGGCUGUCUACAUGUCUGCUUCUGAAAUCGAGUCCUUCAAAGAUCUCCUCGCGCGGAAGAAGAGACUGGUCGUCCUCUUCAGCCACUGGCUCCUUCACGCCUACGGGAUCAUCUCCAUCUCGAGGGUGGACAAGCUGCAGCAGGACCUGCCCCUGCUGGCCUUGGUGCCCGCCCCCGCCCUCUUCUACCUCCUGACGGCCAAGUACACGGAGCCUUCGCGGAUCCUGUCCGAAGGAGCCAACGGGCCCUGAUCCCACCUCGUCCCGAGUCUGGCCCCGAGCUCUACCGGGGGGUUUUCAAGCUCUUUAAAGCCUCGCUUCCCUCUUUAUGCCACACCCCAACGCGCUCUCUCCCUGCAGCACACAUUUGGGGGAUUGCGCGUCACGGGGUUCGAUGGAGAUACGCGAGAGAACGGUAAGUGGGGAUGUUACCUUUUUAUGGGCACCUUGCAAAGGACCGCACCGUCAACCUCGGGGCAGGUUUGCUGCUGAGCCCCGGUGGGGCACGGGAGUUGGAACUGUCGGUGUCGUCUUUGUAAGAGAGGGAGAAACAGCUUUUACUGUAAAGUCCAUAAACUUUGUGCCCCAUCCCCCUGGUCGAUUGUGCGUCUUCCCCGUCGCGCUCUGUUAACUCAGGUCCCGGGGGUUAAGGAGCGAUGCUCAUCCCUCCCCCCGGCCUCCCCCUGCCACGAGCGCUGCCGGGCAGCGCCAGCGCUGGGCCCGGCCGAGGGGACCGAAUUUGGGUGAGUUUUAGGUUGUCGAGCUCCCCCGCAUGAACCCCAUUUGGCAGUAACUCUUUGAAUGGUAGUGAGGGACAAGGUAAUUACGAGAAUUUAAUUAGAUUCCGUUCUUUUAAUAGCUUCCUUGCCAAGUCCCAAGAAGCGCUCCUAUUUCAUCUGAAUAAUUAUAUGUUAAUAAAAUAUCAUCUUUCCUCUA